AUGCUGACCGCGACGAGGACGUCGUUCCCCGCGCUGGGCGCUCCCGCGCUCUCGCGCACGCGUCGCGACCGAAGAUGCAUCGUAUCAAAGGCGGGAGAUGCCAGCGAUCUCGGCCCAUCCCCGCCGCCUCGCAACCUGCGCUACGUGACCAAAGACGGGAGGCCUUCGAUAGUACCCCAAGACGUGCCGCCGCUGCAGAGCGCCGCCGUGGGAGUCGGUGGAGCCUUCAUCAUAUCGGCUUUCGCCAUGUGGCGCAUCGAGAACAACAAGAAACGCGAACGGGAGUACUGGAUUGAGAAGGCACGCGAACAGAAGGAAAAGGAGGCUACGGGGAAGGGUGUUGGGGACGGCGAUGGCGGCGUGACGGAGGAGUAG